AUGCGCGGAGACUUCGAACAGGUCGAAGCUCGUAUGCAGAGGAUGGAACGCGAUGGCUUAGAGAUCGACGAGGACGCUUUGACGGUUCUCCUGUUGGCCUACGGCUACGCGAAGCCACAGCAAACCCUGCUGGCCGAGCAGAUGUUCAAGCAGCAGAUGCUGCGAGGGAAGGUGAAGGCGACCAGAGAGGUCCUCGAGGCCUUGCGCCUGGCGGUCGGCGGUGCUCGCUGCCUGCAGCUCAGGCGUGAGUUGCAGAUCGGCACGACCAAGAAGUCUCCGCAGGAGGCCAUUGACUAUGCGGCCAAAUCGGCAGCGGCCCGGACCCUACCGGCAACCGGGACGAAGAAAAACACGCAGUUGGGCCAGUUGCCUGGAUUUCGUGGGUAGCCAGUAUCCCAGUAUGUUCAAACUAGACGUGCAAAGAAUGAGUUUGCUUGGCGCUUUUGUUCUUCCUGGCUGGACUUAUUAUGUACAUGGACUGUACACUGUAUAGAUAUGUAUAGAUCUUAUAUAUAUAUAUACGUGUAUAUAUAUAUAUGUAUAUUGUUGCAGACACAUGCAGACACCACGUGUUAUGUGUUUUGCCAGAAUACAAGAGAUACAAAACAACGAUCUUUCCCAGACAUGAAACGAGUGAACCUCCUAAUCUUUGAACGUAGAUCAAAUUUAACAUCAACUCUGGAACCCUUAGAAAGCAUCUAGGAACAAGUGC